AUGAAUGGUCUCAUUGUAAACCUCAACGCCCCAUUUCAAUGGGUCAUAUACAUUGUUCUUCUGCUUGGCCUCUUUCAGCCCUCACUGCAGCUGAGCAUCAAGCAGCCAACCGAUACUCCUGAACCAGCUCAAGCUUCACCCCGCUAUGUCACUGCUCAUUUCAUGGUCGGUAUCGUCGAAAACUACACCGUCGCAGACUGGAUUGUCGACAUGAAACUCGCCAAAGAAAUUGGCAUUGACGCCUUCGCCUUGAACUGUGCCAGUAUCGACUGGUACACACCCAAGCAGCUAGCCAACGCCUACGAAGCCGCCUCGCAAGCCGACUUCAAAGUCUUUAUCUCCUUCGACUUCGUCUACUGGAACAACGGCGACACAGCCAAAAUAACAUCCUACAUGCAAAACUACAGCAGUCACCCUGCGCAGCUACAAUACAAUGGUGCCGCCCUGGUGAGUACCUUUGUCGGCGACUACUUCGACUGGGGCCCUGUGAAGCGAAACACCCAGCACCCGGUCUUUGCCCUUCCACAUCUUCAGGACCCCGCACAACUGAGGUCCAUUAGCACGUCCCUGGACGGGGCGUUUUCGUGGUAUGCGUGGCCGACGGAUGGGGGGAAUAGUGUUAUCCGGGGGCCGAUGACGACCGUGUGGGAUGAUAAGUAUAUUCAGAAUUUGGGAGGGAGGCCAUAUAUGGCUCCUGUUUCACCGUGGUUCUCGACCCACUUCAACUCGAAGAACUGGGUUUUCAUUUGCGAGGAUCUCAUCACAGUGCGAUGGGAGCAGAUGCUCAGAAUGAAACCGCAGCUGAUCGAAAUCAUCUCUUGGAAUGACUACGGCGAAUCGCACUACAUCGGUCCCUACUCACCACACCACUCCGACGACGGAUCAUCGCAAUGGGCAAAAGGAUUCCCGCACGACGCAUGGAGAAUCAUAUCCGCGCCGUACAUCGCAGCCUACAAAUCCGGCGCAUCCGCCCCGGAAGUAAAAUCAGACCAGCUAGUAUACUGGUACCGACCUACGCCGAAGGAAGCGCGAUGUUCGCGUGAUCCACUCGGUCUGCCGCGGGGCGUUGAGCUGCUGUCAGAUAGUAUCUUUGUGACGACGCUGCUUACGAAAGCGGCGACUUUAACGGUCACGAGUGGCGGGAAGCCUCCUGUAUCUGUGGAGGUUGGGCCUGGCAUCGUGACGAAGAAUUUCACGAUGGGUGUUGGGCCUCAGUCGUUCUCGGUGAGUCGAGGGGGGAAGGCUAUUUUGGAGGGGAAGGGAGGAAUGGAUAUUAAGGAUCAGUGUGAGUUUUAUAAUCACAAUGUUUAUGUUGGGUCUGUGAGUGGGGCGAAUGCGGGAUGA